AUGGUACUACCGAGCUCAUUAGUCGUUCGAUCGCUGGUGUGGCAUGCAACAAUAUCAAAAUCGCCCUUAGACUGCAGAGUGCUUCCAUUAGCGACAUUCAAACAGAGCAAAUUUUCUUCGUCAAUAUCAUCAUCAUCGCCAUUAUCAUCACAGUUGUUAUCACCAUCCCCAUCCGCAUCACCAUCGCCAGCAGAGAAUGAGAUUGAAAAAUGCUACCGGAAGUUAGAUCUUUCAUUCGAAAAUACGCGCGAAGCUUACAAGAGUAAAACGAAUUUCGAAAUAAUUCGGUCAUUGUUUGUGCUUCGGUUGAUUUCAAAUGAAUUUUUGGUUAGAUACAAUGACAAAAUUUUUCUAAUGAUGAGAAAAAUAUUCGGAAAAAAACUUUUCAACAAGAUUCUUAAAUUAACUGCUUUUGGACAAUUUGUGGCUGGUGAAACGAUGAAUGAAGUUCAUUCUUUUAUUCUUCCUUAUAAACUCUCUUUUUUUAUUUUUAGAGUAACACCGAUACUUGCAAGAAUGAGAACAUUUGGUGUAAAAGCAAUAUUAGAUUAUAGCGUUGAAGCAGAUUUGAAACAAACCGAUGUGGAAAACGUGGAAAAUGUCACAAGAAUAAAUUCGCAAACCGAGUCAGUGGCAAAUGUUGUUGGUAAUAAAAUUGUCGAGCAAACACGACUUCGCUACAGUGUUGACAAAGAUUUUGCAGAUCGACGCAAAGAUGUUUUCAGUGCGAGGACUUAUUUCUACGAAGGUGAAGGCGAGUGUGAUAAGAACUGCGAUAUUUUUUGUGAAACAAUUGAUAAAGUUGCAGGUGAACACGGAUUUAUUGCUGUUAAAUUAACUGCAUUAGGAAGACCACAAAUUCUGUUAAAGUUAUCCGAAACAAUUGUUCAGACGAAAGAGUUCUUUCGUGCGAUCACUGGAUCUACGUGGGAAAAUUUGGUUUUAUGCCGUAUAAGUGCGAAUGAUCUUUUAAAGAAACUUAAGGAUUAUGGAAUUAAAACGAAUGACGCUAUGCUAGAAGAAUGGUUGAAAAAAGCUGAUUUUGUGCGAGGUGAAUUUGUUGACUUUUACAAUUGGGGAAAAUUGCUCGACCAGCCAAAAAUGCUUCGACAAAUAUUUCAGGUUUUCAACAUAAAAUCGCAUAAAAUGGAACCGCUUUUAAGUAACUUAUCUGACACUGAGGAGAAUGAGUUCGAAAAUAUGGUCGAACGAAUAGUUCGUCUUGCCGAAUAUGCACGAAGAAAAGGGAUUCGAAUUACUAUUGAUGCUGAACAAACUUAUUUUCAACCUGCUAUUGCAAAAAUAACAUUAGCAAUGAUGCGAAAAUAUAAUACGAAAGAAGGACAUAUAUUUCAAACUUAUCAAACAUAUCUUAAGAAUUGUUUAAAUGACGUUGAAUUAGAUAUGGAUAUAGCGAGACGUGAUAAAUUCCAUUUUGGGUGCAAAUUGGUUCGAGGUGCUUAUAUGGAACAAGAAAGGAAAAGAGCACAAGCUUUAGGUUAUGAUGACCCAAUUAAUUCGGAUGCUGAGGCGACAUCGCAAAUGUACGAGAAAGUAUUACGAAGGAUUAUUCAAGAACACGAAGCACGAGGCCGAGGAUGGGUUUCAGUUAUGGUUGCAUCACAUAACGAAAAUUCAAUACGCGGUGCUGUUCAGCUAAUGAAGACAAAAAAUAUCGCUCCAUCCCAAAGAAUAUCAUUUCCAUUAGGACAAGCAGGCUAUUCGAUAUACAAAUAUGUACCUUACGGACCAGUUGAAGGCGUUUUACCAUAUUUAUCUCGUCGAGCACAAGAAAACACCGCGGUGACUCAAAAUACCAAAAAGCAACGUGAAUUAUUAUGGAAAGAGUUAAAAAGAAGAAUGAAGAAUGGUGAAUUCAUUUACAAAGAACCAAACCUAUUAAAUCCAUAA